GUCCUCCCUCCCUCCCCCCUUCCUGUCGUGCUGCGUUGCUUCCCUGGUACUGCUCACAGACGGACACGCAGACAGACGGAGACACCGACGAGCGCACCGUCGCGGAGACUACUACAUCGGGAGGCCCAACACCAGCCCAACUUGCCGCCAUGGCAGAGGUCUCGAUGUGUGGGUAUUUGCUCAAGCGCGGCGAGGUCAAUCGCAACUACUCGGUCCGAUGGUUUGUGCUCGAGGCGGCGAUGCUGUGGUACUACCAGUCGCCAAACGCGAGCAAGGCCAUCCAGUCCAUCUCGUUGGAGGAUGCUAUCGUCCGCAAGAGCGCGGCGCCUGCCGGCUCAAAGCGCCGCAAGGGCAAUGUGUACUACUUUGAAGUUGUAGCCCGCGACAAGGUCUGGGGCCUUGGCGCCCGGUCGGCUGCCGAGCGCGCAUCGUGGAUGUCCGCUCUCUCCACCCUCACGAUGAUGGGUAUGGAGAACAAGUACUUUAUCAAGGCUGAGGAGGUUAUUCGCCAGUCGGAGCUGUACAAGUACCGCCGGCGCCACGGAUCGCGGGCGCAGCGGGCGUCGGCGGUUGCUGCUGGCACCGCUGGCAGCGAAGGCACGGCCUCGUCGGCCGCCGUCGACGCAGACGACCCCGUGUCCGGGACUGUGUCCGGGCGGAUGUCGCCGGGCAUGCCUCCGCCGCUUACACCAACAACAAGACCAUAA